UUUCUAUAUCCAUCGUCCGACAUCACAUAUUAUUUCAUUUCUUCCUUCUUUCCCAAUAAUAAUAAUAAUGCCUCCUCUCUUCUUAUUUCCCCAAAAAAUGUUGGAAAAAUUGACUAGAACUAUUACCCGUCCGCUUCUAAUAAUCUGUAGUACAGAUUAUUUAUGUUUAAUCCCAACUUAGUGGGAUGUCUUCCGUUAUUAUACUGCGGUGACCUGUGACUGGUUGAGUCAGUCAAACUUAAAAAAAAAUAAGUAAUGCAUCAUGUAGGCCUUAUCCUCAUCCUCCUGACCUAGCUAACCAUGAAUCUGAGUUCGUAGGAACAGGGAAUUUGCUGAAAGGUUUGGGUCAAGCAAAACCGGAAAGGUUGUAAAAUACUAAAAAGGGAAUGGCUUUAAAUAUUGUAGUUACUUUGAAGAUGUGGCAUGGAGGUACAUAUAAGAAGGAUAGUAGAGGAAAUUUAGAGUAUGUUGGUGGUCAAUUUAGAUGUUUUGAUUUGGAUGCUGAUGAACUAUGUUGGUUUUGGUUAGAGGACUUAGCUGGCCAGUGUGGGAAAUAUAGUAGCAUAGAUGAAAUCUAUUACUUGGUCCCUGGUAAGACUUUGGAGACAGGUUUGAAAAGUGUUAAGUGUGAUGCUGAGGUGAGGGGAAUGUAUAAUGUAGUAAUGCAAUGCAGUACUAUAGAUUUGUACAUAAACAUGGAGUCAGUACACUUGAACUUGUAGGGUUGCUGGAAGGGAGUGGGGAAAAUAGAGGUACUGUUGCACAAACUACCCAAGGAGGUAGUGGUGAAGAAACAAAUACUUCUGAUCUAAAUGAAUCUGACCCCUUUGAUGAUGAUAAUGUUGAUUCAGAACACAAUGCAGAAGAUGAAGAUGCUGAAAUGGAAGAUGAACAUGAUCUAGAGGCCCCGUUAUUUGGGUCAGAUAAUGACACUAGUGAUGAAGAAUUCAUGGAGUCUAGAAGAAGAGUUACAGGGUGGAAUUCAAAUGUUGUUCACAUUGCAAAACAGCUUGAAAAGGAAGCUGUUGAAGGCGUGGUAGGGGGUAAAAAGGCAUCAUCUACAGGGUGUACUGAUGAUGGUGGUUCAGAUGAGAAUGAUUUUGUCAGUGAGUAUGAAAAAUCUGAAGAAGAUAUCCACACACUUGUGGACAGUGAUAAUGAAGAUAGUCUCUGAAGAAACAAAAGAGAUAAAAUUGUUGUAAUGGAUGCACAUACAGAUUUCAAUAAGUUGAAGUGGCUGGUUGGUAUGCGGUUUGAAAACAUAGAGAAAUUUAAGGAUGUAGUUGCUAGGUUUGCAAUAUCUCAAGGCAGAAAUCUGAAGAUCAAUGUCAGUAGUAAGGGUAAACAACAAAGGGUUGGUGCUAAAUGUGUUGAUGGUUGUCCUUUUAGAUUGUAUGAAAGUUGGGAUAGUAGGAGGGUUAGGUUUGUGGUUAAGUCUGUCCAAGGGGAGCAUAAUUGUAAUGGGAACAUGAAAAAGAAUAGGUAGUUGAAGGCUUCAUGGGUGGCAGAGCAAUUCCUAGAAGUGUUUAAGUCUAGACCUCACUGGUCAGCAAAAGAAGUAAUUGAGACCAUUGGAAGAGGUUCUAAAGUUUUUGUUAAGAGGGACUAUCCAUUCAAAGUCAAAUACCAUGCACAUAGGAAGCUCCAUGGUAGCAUGAAAGAUCACUAUAAUAAGCUAGGAAGAUAUUUGGAAGCCUUAAACCAAGCUAACCCCCUCACCCACUUCAAAUUACUCACAGACCCUAACCCUCAAACCCCCCUCCCCCCACCUUCCAGCGCUUCUUUGUAUGAUUCAAUGGGAUUAAAGAUGGGUGGUUGAGUGCUGGUAGGAAAGUUUUGUGUGUGGGUGGGUGCUUCAUCAAAACAUUUCUUGGAGGGAUGCUACUCUCAACUGUGGGGACUGGGGAGAGACUCCAAUGAGCAGAUGUUCCUAUUAGCAUGAGCAGUAGUAGAAGGUGAAAACAAUUGUAGUUGGGAGUGGUUUAUGUCUGAGCUGAAGAAAAAUGUAGGAGAGUCUGAUGGUUCUGACCUGACUUUUAUUUCAGAUGAACACCAGUCUAUAUUGCGUGCAGUGUCAAUAGUGUUUCCACUGGCAGAGCAUAGACACUGUGCACGCCAUGUUUAUGCUAAUUGGCACAAAACUCAUAAGGGAGAUGAAUUGAAAAUGAUAUUCUGGAAAGCAGUGAAAGCCUACAAUGAAGCUGAUUUAAAUGAUGCACUACAUGAAAUGGAAAAGGUAAGUCCAAGUGCUAUGGUUGCCUUCAAGGCAUGUAAUCCCUAUGUCUUUUGUAUAGCCUAUGUUAGGAGAAACAUUAGGUGUGAUGUCAUUGUUAGCAACAUAGUUGAAACAUUUAAUGGCUACACAAUCAAUGCUAGAAGAUAUUAUGGGUGCCUUGAAGCAAAGAAUGGUGAUGAAAAGGCGGGCUAUGGAAAAAGUGUGGCUGUGAUCUGUCCUAGAAUUAUGAGUGAAGUGUCUUUUCAGGUCAGCCAUUAUUUAGAUACUUUGACUAUCAACCUUGAAAGUCAGAGUUGUACUUGCAGAAAAUGGGACCUUAGUGAUAUUCCAUGUUGUCAUGCAGUCUCUUGUAUGUUUUUUUAUCAAUGCAGCCCCUGAGGAUUAUGUUAAUGAGUGAUAUAGUAGAGAGGCAUAUCUGAAAAUGUACUCUGGUGGCAUUGCCCCAUUAACUGGAGAAAGGCACUGGCCAAAAGUGGACUUCCCUUUUGACCCCCACCCAUAAACAUUGGCCCUGGCAGACCAAUCAAAAAUAGAAUUAAACCUGCCCAUGAGGUGUAACACCCCGGCCCCACCGGACCCGAGGUAGUUACUCCAGACCAAUAGUACUGUCCCCACAAACCACCAUGAGCCUUUACCGCGCACUUUGUCCUCACUCAUGCGCGCCCUGAGAAACUUCCCAGGGGGUCACCCAUCCCAAGACUACUCCCGUGCAAGCACACUUAACUUUGGAGUUCUUGGGUGAUGAGCUCCCUUAAAAGGAGAUGCACCUCUGUUGGUAUGAGUAGUACUAUUAAUCCUCUUAAAUUAAUCUCGGGUAUUACAAUCACCCCCACUUAGGAUCGCAACGUCCUCGUUGCGCCCUUAAACCAAUCUCAAUCACACCCCAGAAUCUUUUCCCCUGCUAAGUGCCCGCCCGAUAUCCAACGGAUCAACACACUGUCGCAGGGUUGCUCUGAUACCACCUGUAACACCCCGGCCCCGUGGGACCCGAGGUAGUUACUCCGGACCAAUAGUACUGUCCCCACAAACCACCACAAGCCUUUACCGCGCACUUUGUCCUCACUCAUGCGCGCCCUGAGAAACUUCCCAGGGGGUCACCCAUCCCAAGACUACUCCCGUGCAAGCACGCUUAAUUUUGGAGUUCUUGGGUGAUGAGCUCUCUUAAAAGGAGAUGCACCUCUGUUGGUAUGAGUAGUACUAUUAAUCCGUUUAUAUUAAAUCUCAAGUGUCACAUGAGGACCCAAAGAAACCUUGGAAAUUAACUAGACAUGAGGUUGAAAUGUCAUGUAGUAUUUGCAAAAGUAAGACCCACAAUAAGAGUAAAUGCCCUGAUAAAAACAAGUCUGUGGACCCUGAGCCCAAAAGGAUUAGGGGAAGACCAAGAAAACAGAUCCAGGAUGUAGCUACCUCUAGCAGUCACACAACAGCAGCUGUUCCAUCUAGAAUUGGCAGAAGAGGCAUGGUAAUUCAUGGCAGAGGAGUGAUUAGAGGUGGAAGCAAAGUGGCUAGGGGUGGAAGAGGAAGAGGGCAUCUUCUCGUGGGAUAUCGUGUAAUUGUUGAUGAGAAGGGGCAUACUUGGACGAAUAGGACAACAAGGAGGGCCAACAAAUCUGUCACAAACAUGAAGUGGCUAUUCAACAAUGAAGGAGUGAAGAGUAGGAGUGAAGAGGGCUGUUAUGUUUCACUAGACUAAUGUUGUGUUAAAUGUUAUUGUGUUUGUAAGGAUAAUGAUGAAGUUGUAUUUCAUCUGUUUCAUGUUUCUGUAUCUGUGGCACUGUAGUGAAUUUGAUUUGAGUAAUGUUUGUCUGAUUUAAGGAUAAUGAUGGAUAUUUG